AUGGAAAAAAAGAAAACACUGGUCAUUGGCGCGUCCGAUAACCCUUCACGAUAUAGUUUCCUGGCUGUUCAAAAACUCCGUCGGUUUGAACACCCCGUUGUCGCCAUUGGCCGAAAGCAUACCAAAGUCGUCGAUGUCGCGGUUGAAAAAGAGAAACUCGCCUUUGAUGGCGUUAACACCGUGACCCUUUACCUUAAUCCUUCACAUCAAAAAGAGUAUUACGAUUAUAUCCUCUCUCUAAAACCACAAAGGAUCAUCUUCAAUCCAGGUACCGAAAACGAAGAACUGGAAAGCCUUGCAAAAGACAACGCCGCCUCACACGAAGCAGGCCAUACCCUUGGCUUAUAUCACCAGGCUUCCUAUGAUGCAAACUGUACCAAGCUAACCGACUAUAAUGCGGGCACCGGUGCGGGUGAAAUCGGCUGGGCUCCUAUCAUGGGCGUAGGCUACUAUCGCAACAUGACUCUUUGGAAUAAUGGACCAAACUCCUAUGGUUGUUCUAACUUCCAAAGUGAUCUUGAUAUCAUCACCUCAGUCACCAACGGUUUCGGAUACCGUAAUGAUGAUCACAGCAAUGACUUCUCAAAUGCUACUGUUGCAGCCAUCACUAAUAACACUUUUACUUCCAGUGGUAUUAUUGAGAAAAAUACCGAUAUCGAUCUUUUUAAAUUCACCAUGCCCGCCUUCGGCAGGUUUGAGCUUAAUGCCAUUCCUUAUAAUGUGGGCACUGGCAAUACCGGAUCCGAUCUUGAUUUGCAGGUAUCCCUCAUUAACGGCUCACAGAAUGUGCUGAAUGUAUAUAAUCCCGGCACCUUGCUUAGCUCCGUUGUCGAUACCUCGCUCAACCCCGGUGUUUACUAUAUCCGUGUUGAAGGAAAAGGAAAUCUAUAUGCUCCGAAUUAUGCAAGCCUUGGGUCUUAUUCCCUGCAGGGAACAACCACUCCUGGCAGUGUAUUACCCAUCCGCAAACUUGAACUACGCGGCGCUAUGGAAGGCGACAGGCAUUCGUUAAGCUGGACGAUCGAGGCCGAUGAGCAACUCGUAUCACAGCCAUUGGUUCAGUCACCUGCUGCUGACAGGAUGUACGCUUACCGGCCCUCGACUCCAUUAAGCGCGCAAUACAGGCUGCAUGUAACAUUCGACAAUGGACAUGAAUAUUAUUCCAAUAUCAUUACCAUUCGUAAUGAUCCAAAUGCUCCGCGGCCAAAACUCGUAUCAACACUAAUUCAUUCCAGCGAAGUGACGAUCACCAGCCCUGGCAACUACGAGUACAUCAUCGUUGACAUGAAUGGUAAGACCGUCAGCAAGGGAAAGCUUGUCAAUGGACUGAAUACUGUACAGGCGCCUGGCAUCACGACGGGAUUAUACCUGUUGCGCACAUCUAACCUGGAGCAAUCAUGGACUGACAAAUUCAUCCGCCAAUAA